AUGCCCGGUCCUGCAUCCCUGGGGCCUGUUCUUUGUGACGACAGUGUUCCAGGCCGGCCCUCCCCUUGUCACCAUGGAUCCUCCGAGAAACUCACUGGGCCCUUGGAGGCCGCAGGUUCCGCCAUCACAGGAGGCGAGGAGUGUCCAUAUCCGGUGGAAAUCAGGAAGUAUGAGUAUGACCCAAAUUUUGCAAUUCGUGGACUUCAUUAUGAUGUGCAGCGGGCAGUAUUGAUGAAGAUUGAUGCUUUUCAUUACAUCCAGUUGGGAACUGUCUACAGAGGCCUCAGUGUUGUCCCCGAUGAAGAAGUCAUUGAAAUGUAUGAGGGGUCCCACGUGCCCCUGGAACAGAUGAGCGACUUUUAUGGAAAGAGUUCUCAUGGAAACACCAUGAAGCAGUUCAUGGACAUCUUCUCCCUGCCGGAGAUGUCCCUCCUCUCCUGUGUGAAUGAAUACUUCCUUAAGAACAACAUUGACUAUGAACCUGUCCAUCUGUACAAAGAUGUCAAGGAUUCAAUUCGAGAUGUGCACAUCAAAGGAAUCAUGUACAGCGCGAUCGAAGCAGAUAUUGAAAAGUACAUCUGCUAUGCCGAGCAGACCCGGGCAGUGCUGGCCAAACUGGCUGAUCACGGCAAGAAGAUGUUCCUCAUCACCAACAGCCCCAGUAGUUUCGUGGACAAAGGGAUGAAGUAUAUUGUCGGAAAAGACUGGAGGGACCUUUUUGAUGUGGUCAUCGUUCAGGCCGAGAAGCCAAACUUCUUUAACGAUAAGCGGAGACCUUUCCGCAAGGUGAACGAGAAAGGCGCCUUGCUCUGGGACAAGAUCCACAAGUUGCAGAAAGGCCAGAUUUAUAAGCAGGGCAAUUUAUAUGAAUUUUUGAAGCUUACUGGAUGGAGAGGAUCCAAAGUGUUGUAUUUUGGUGACCACAUAUACAGUGACCUGGCGGUGAGGAGCCUCUUUUUCCAUUUCUUUGUUGGGGGACAGAUGUGUUAGUCUCACUUCCUAACGAAUUUCUCUUUAAGACCAUUUUUAUGGUUUCAUAAAAAUGAGGACUAGGUCGCCUUUUUUUUUUUUUUUUAAUGUCUCAUUUUUUACAGAACAGAACGGAUGAGAGGUGUAAAAGUAAUUUUUUUUGAAAUGAUAGAAAUUAG